CUAUCGUUCAACCGUUCCUUAUUUUUUUCUUUCCUAAAUAAUUGUUGGGUCCUCAAAACUUUCACUUUAUUCAAUCUAAUCGAAAUCUAAGACAAGUUGGGCGUUCCUUCUAUUUCUUAAGUUGCAUAAAUUGCACCUUCUUCCAACAUUUCAUUCUUUUUCUACAAACCCUAAUUCAGAUACGGUCGAGGCUGAUACCCAUUCAAUCAAAAUAUGUUUCGGGAAGAGAUUGCGAGAGAAGCUAUAAACCAUGCGCUAAAGGCCCUAAGGAAGCGGCAUUUGCUUGAAGAAGUUGCUCAUGCUCCCGCUUAUACUGCUCUUUCCAGACCGAUUAUCUCUCAGGGGUCAGAAUGGAAGGAGAAAGCAGAAAAUCUGGAAUUGGAACUUCAGCAAUGCUACAAAGCUCAAUCUCGAUUGUCUGAGCAACUUGUUGUGGAGGUAGCAGAGUCCAGAGCAUCAAAAGCUUUACUGGAAGAAAAAGAAGCAGCUUUAACUGAUUUGCAAAAGGAGUUAAUACAAACAAGGGAUGAGUGCUCUCAAUUAAGGGCAGAUUUAGAAGAAAAGAUUAAGGCUCUAGAAUUGGUUGUAAGUGAGAAUCAUGAACUUCGAACACAAUUGGAAGAGAUGAUUGUCAAAGCUAAGAAUGCGGAAGCCGAAAAUAAGAUGUUAGUUGAUCGCUGGAUGCUGCAAAAGAUGCAGGAUGCUGAACGUCUUAAUGAGGCCAAUGCUCUAUAUGAAGAAAUGGUUGAUCGGCUCAAGGCAAGUGGUUUGGAGAGACUGGCUCGGCAGCAAGUGGAUGGAGUGGUCCGACAAAAUGAAGAUGGUGCUGAGUACUUUGUGGAAUCAACUGUUCCAUCGGUAUGCAAGCACAAAAUUACAGCUCAUGAGGGUGGCUGUGCUUCUAUAAUAUUCGAGUAUAAUUCUAGCAAACUGAUUAGCGGUGGACAGGAUCGCUCAAUCAAAAUGUGGGAUACAAAUACUGGAUCAUUAAGUCGUACCCUUUAUGGUUGCCUUGGUUCUGUUCUUGAUCUAUGCAUUACCCAUGAUAAUAAAUCUGUCAUUGCUGCUAGUAGCUCAAAUAACUUGUAUGCAUGGGAUGCCUACUCAGGGCGUGUCCGUCACACUCUCACAGGGCACAUUGAUAAAGUGUGUGCUGUGGAUGUCAGCAAAAUUUCAAGUCGUCAUGUUGUCAGUGCUGCUUAUGAUCGUACUAUAAAAGUUUGGGAUUUGCAAAAAGGUUACUGCACCAACACUAUUGUUUUCCACAGCAACUGCAAUUCGCUGUGCUUUAGUAUGGACGGACAGACCAUUUGUUCGGGCCAUGUUGAUGGGAAUCUUCGCUUGUGGGAUAUUCAAACAGGAAAGCUACUCAGUGAAGUUGCUGCACAUUCACUUGCUAUUACAUCUAUCUGUCUAUCACGAAAUGGAAAUGUUAUAUUGACAAGUGGGAGAGAUAACUUGCAUAAUUUAUUUGAUAUGAGAUCUUUAGAAGUUUGUGGUACAUUAAGGGCAAGUGGAAACAGAGUAGCAUCUAAUUGGAGUCGCUCUUGCAUCAGUCCUGAUGACAACUACGUUGCUGCUGGAUCAGCUGAUGGGUCUGUAUACAUUUGGUCAGUAUCAAAAGCUGAUAUAGUAAGCACUCUGAAGGAGCACACAACUUCUGUUCUCUGUUGUUCAUGGAGUGGACUUGGCAAACCGUUAGCCACAGCAGACAAGAAUGGAAUUAUUUAUACCUGGACAUGAUUAUUUCCUUGUGUGUGUAAUAUGUCAGAUUGUUAACCCCGAAUCUGGUUGCAUUCCUCUGCAAAAUUUUACUGCUCGGCUUACUAACAAGUUUGUGAUUGCUGGCUCAUGAUAUGAUAUAAGUUAACUUGGGAAUGACUGUUUGAAUGACUGUUGAGGGGAAGAGGAAUGUGCUUAGCAGGAAGGAUUACCACUGUAGAAAAACUAUACUGUAAAUAGAAAGCCAUGAAUGGGUUGAUUGCUUGUAAGUAUUUAAACAUGAUUAAAGUUCUUGGACGUGAUCCUUGAGGUAUAUUGCUCAACCUCAUUGCCUCAAUUGAUUUUUUUUUUUUUUUAUUAUUAUUAUUGUUUUUGCCUGAUCCCUUUACCACAGUUUGUUCUCAUGGAACUUAUGGUUGAACUUUGAGAUUGUUAAAAGAAAGUUUUGUGUA